AUGCCGGAUGUGGUACCACGCCGCGUGCUUCAGCAUUGCCCUCGGAAUCAACUUAUAAACCAAUCACAUAAUCAUCAUUGUCAUCAGCGUCAUCACUAUGACAGUGAUAAUAUUCAUCAUUAUACUUGCAUGCCUCAACCCGACGACUGCUAUCAUCAUUCGCAUCAUUGUUACCACAGCCUGUAUCCGACACAACACAGUACAGGCCAUACAUCCUGUGUUUUCGAGCAUGAAAACAACGAAAUGUCAGGUUGUACAGCAACAACUCUAACUUCAACGUCAACGGGAAAUCGUCUCACUUGCCGUCAGCCUAAUGCCUGCCAUCUCGUGACGAACGUGGCGACAUCUUCUAUAGCAAAUCCCUCCAUGCAAGACUUUGCACCUCCAUCAGCACCAAAUUCGACCUGGACCACACCCUUAGACCAGCUUGGUACGGAUGAGUCAACUCCCCGCAGCGCCUCGGUGCCCCUCGAGGGACGAGCAGGCUUGGCCGGCGUUCGACAGGUUUACGGCGAAUCCGCCUCGUCCCUAGCCAGGGAACUCCACCCUCACUACUGCCCUUGUCUUCAACUGGACCACCACAUGUCUGGUCAGUGUAACUUGAGCCCUCAGCAACAGCACCAUUGCCAGAGCCUGAGUCAAUUGGGCCAACGUUUACGCGCUGACGACUUGGUGAGGUCAGGAAUCUUAAACUGCUGCAGUUGUUGCUGUUAUCAUAACAGCGGAAGCACUGGUAUUAGAUCUUCACAAUCCUUUGAACAGACCAAUACCCAUCGUCAGGGUAGCUGCGGAAUCCUCUCCUCACGCUUGGCACGGAUUGGAGACGAGCUGGAUUUAGCCAGACAUAGUCAAAGUCUGGUCAGUCUAUACUAG